AAAUUGGAAAGCUAUUAACAGAUCUGUUGGGGUUCAUAUUUUGAAUGAUCAGGAAUAAGAAAUCGAUUGAAUUUCACUGUUGGAGAUGUCGAUUUUGCCAAAAAGCGAUGCUAUACAGAUCCGGGAGGUUUGGGCCGAUAAUUUGGAUCAAGAAUUUGCUUUGAUUCGUGAAAUUGUCGAUGAUUACCCUUACAUUGCUAUGGAUACGGAAUUCCCUGGUAUUGUGCUUCGACCUGUGGGUAAUUUCAAGAACUCGAAUGAUUAUCAUUUCCAGACAUUGAAAGACAAUGUGGAUAUGUUGAAUCUGAUCCAAUUGGGGCUUACCUUUUCGGAUGAUAAGGGGAAUUUGCCCACCUGUGGGACUGAUAAGUGCUGCGUAUGGCAAUUCAAUUUCUGUGAAUUCAAUCCCAACGAGGAUGUGUUUGCAAAUGAUUCGAUUGAGUUAUUGCGCCAGUGCGGCAUUGAUUUUGUGAAGAAUAAUGAGAAGGGUAUCAAUGCUAAGCACUUUGGAGAGCUUCUAAUGUCUUCAGGAAUUGUUUUGAAUGAUGAUGUGUAUUGGGUGACUUUCCAUAGCGGUUACGAUUUUGGGUAUAUGCUCAAGUUGUUAACUUGUAAGAACUUGCCUGAUACGCAGGAGGGUUUCUUUAAGUCGAUCAAUCUGUAUUUUCCGGUGCUUUAUGAUAUAAAGCAUUUGAUGAGGUUCUGUAACAGCCUGCACGGCGGGUUGAACAAACUAGCCGAGUUGUUGGAGGUGGAGAGAGUUGGAAUUAGCCAUCAGGCGGGUUCAGAUAGCUUGCUCACUGCAUGUACCUUCAAGAAGUUGAAGGAGAACUUCUUUAGCUCUUCACUAGAGAAGUAUUCUGGUGUGUUGUAUGGUCUAGGUGUUGAAAAUUGACAGGAUAUUUCUCGAGGAUAGGUAAAAAAUGAAAUAAAAAAAGUAUAAGAAAUGUGAAUGACUAGGUGUUUAUUGAACUUUAUUUGUGUGUGCAUGAUGAUUAUGAUGCCACACUUAUUUGUACUCUAUUUAAAGUUAAAAAAGUUGUUUAUCGAUGGAUCUUAUUGUGUUGGUUUUUCUAAAUAUCUGUCUGUACUUUCCUCUUCA